AUGACACCGAAAUGUACUCGAGAAAGGGAGGCACCGUUCGAUUGCAAAUGUGAACGGAGGAUAACGCCAAAGGAUUUUGAAGUGAAUAGUGGUCCAAUGAAUAAUGGUCAAAAAUGUGGACAGAUAAUAGCAAAUCUGAGCAAUAAGGAACGAUUAGAUGAAGAAUGGUACUACUACUACUACCAUUACUGCUGCGGGUGGUGGUACCAUCAGACAAUUUAUGACACCAACUGGUUGUUGGAAUUAUUAAACGUGAAAGAAAUUGUAGAUUUGCUACAUUCUAUUACUCCUAACUAUUGCUUCAAUCACUAUUACUAUCACUACAUUCUGAGUGCAUGA